AUGUCUGCUUGUUCAUCCCAGUUGAGUGACGAGUUGCUCGAGGCUGAGGUUCUGUAUAGGACGCGGUUCACGAGACACGGCUGUGGUGCACGGGGUGCAGUUUCACUAUUGCAUUCGAAGAAGCAAACAAAUAUGAAGGACAUGUCCCGUGUCUGCGGUUGGGGCGCGGCUGCGCUUGCGCUCGUCGCCGUUGCGACCGCUUCUAGUGGCGAUCAUCGCGCAGGCAGUCCUUUGACUCCUUUGGGUGGUUUACUGCCUCCGGACGAAUCGGCCUUGGAUGCCAUGGUUCCUGAGCAACUGCGUCUACUCGACCUGAUCCUUGAGAGGGAGGAUUUGGAGACUGAUGCAAACGCCUCUUUUGCAACCACAGCUCAGGCGGCCAAAGAGUUUCCGUCCUUUCUAGAAAAGGUGCAGAAGAGCCAGCAUGCGCAAUUUAUCAGCCUCACACGUUUGAUGCCCGAGGUCAUGCGGUUCAUGUUCCGCAAUUCCCUGCCGAACGCACCCCGGGCUGACGCUGCCGACAGUAUUCGCGAUGGACUAGAAAAUGUGAAAAAGACAGCCUCUGCUGUCCAGGGAGUCAUGAAUGGUUCAGUGGGUAUGGUGCCCUGCUGGCGAGUUGACCUGCUGUCGCUUGAGACUGCCAGGUCCUCUUACGAUCUCCGAGUAGAUGCAAACCCCGCGCAGUCCCCUUCUUUGGAGCAGCUGCAGGAGGCAACGAAGACUCUGACACAAAGCAUUUACAAAUAUUUAGAUCUACUGAUUGAAGCGUGCCGGGUGAUGACUUACCACAUGCGCCAGGGAGAGGUGGAGGGUCUUAAUAAAGUCGGCACAAGCCUUAUUCCUUUGUUGAAGGACGCGUACGCGAGCAUCGUCGCCGCGGCGUCGGCUGAUGGGUUCACGGCGUGUCAGGUCACCAGCGAUAUGAUCGAGGGGCAGGCGGUGAAGGCUCAGUAUCUUCGUCGAAUCGAGGUGCUCAUUGUUGAGCAGCAGGAAAUUGUGUCGGCUCUAAAGCAUGUGGGCGACGCGGUUGAAACACUUGGAAGCUUUGGAAAAGCGCUUCUUGAUGCACUUCGCUCCCUUAAUCGGCUACGGCAGGUGCCCCAUCCCGUCAUGAAUCUGUCGAAAACGAAGGUGCGUGGUCGACGUGCGAAGAGGCUUGCCGCGAUGUCAGCGGAAUAA